AUGCCAGGUCCGCUCUGCCUUCUCUACACGGUCGUGUUCGACGGCCUCGCACUCGCGACCGGCGUCACCUCGGCCGGGUCCGUCGGCGCGCUCGCUGGCGCCGUCGCCCUCUCGAUGCCGCUGCUCAGCCUCCCACUGCUAGUGUGCUGGAAGAUCGAUGACGAGUUUGAUCGUCCGUGGAUUGAGACGCUAUUUGGGCUCUGGCUCAUGGAUGCGACCCUCCUUCUUCGCACUCUGUGUGCGAUCCGCGUGACGCCCUUUGCAGCGCGCCAGCUCCUCACGCGUGCUCUCUUUGUCGCCACGCACGUGGCCGUGGCGCUGCGCCUCGACGGCCACCUCGAUUGGCACUGGAGCUCUGUCUUUCUUCCGCUGACAUUGAGUCUCUUUUGCGGCGCGUCGCCGGUACCCGUGCUCCAAGUGCUUCUUCUCGGUCUCCACCUCGAUGGCAUCCUCACGUGGUCGUAUCCCGCGCUCUUGGCGCCGAUGUGGGUUCCGCUUGUCGUCGUCGGUGUCAUCCUGCCAAUGGGAACACUGUACGGACACGGGUCCUUCCUGCGCAACGCCAUGCGGCUCGUCGCGUCGUGGGCUGCGGCCACGCUCUUCGUGGGGCCGUCGCUUCUGCUAGUCGUACGGCUCGAGUACGCUUGCUUUCCUGCCAUCUACAUUGCUCUUCCGUGGAUCGUCCUCUACAGCCUUUGUGUGCUUGGGGCGCUUGCGUCGUCGACGAAGGAGGCGUCCCGCCGUGGGCACUUCGAGACCUUUACAGUCGUCUAA